UUUUACUGAUUGAACAAUUUCGAGAGGCGCACACGCUUUCCAUCGCGGUCUUUGGCGCGCGCGGUUUUUGCCCGUCGUCAGUCGGUUUUCGGUGGGUAUAACGCGAUAUUUAAAAUACGGACGCGCACCUUUAUUUAGAUUUUGUGUGUUUUUUUUUUACUUUGGGGGAUUUCCAGUUUUAGACAUGGGGGAGUAUAGGCUAAAUUAGGGCCUGUUUUGUGUUGGUGGGGGCCAACAGACUAUUCAGAAAUAACUCGCUUACGAAUACAGAUAGACGUAUUUCGCACGACCAUGAUGGAUAAGGAUUACCAGCAGCAAAUCGUGGCACCGAAAAUGUCUGGAUACCUGGAGAAGAAAGAGAGAAAGACAAUGAUAAGCUCUUACAAAAAAUACUGGUUCGUCCUCGACGGCACCCUCUUGGUAUAUUACCGAUCCAAGGACGAAUACAGCGCCAUCUCUCCCUGUAAGGGUACAAUAACCUUAGGGCCCACCUGCCACGUGAAGCCCUGCACUUCCAACAACGGAGUCUUCCAAAUUGAAAGCAAAACCACCACGAUCACCUUGAGGGCCGAAACGAAAGAAGAGCAACACAAAUGGAUGCAAGCGAUCAUCCUGGCCCUAAACCAAAAGAUGGAGUACAAGAAACUGAACCAUUUUCGGCAUUCGGUAGGCGAGGUGCCGAAAACGUGCGAAAAUGCCGACGACGUCUCUUGUUGCAAGAAACCGUUGAGUGCGCAGACAUCUAUACACUCACGCGCCUCUCAGCAAAGUUUAAUCGAAAGAUUACAGAAAAUGGGCGCGAAAUCUUACGGUGGAAUAUUUUCUAAAAAUCUCCAGGCCGGUCUCAACUUGCCGCAAUUACAGGCGCAAAAGUUAAAAUCCUUCUCUACGGAGUCGCUCCCUUUACUCGCUAAACACGGGAUGAGCAGUCAGGAACUGAAGAAUCUGGAUAAUUCCAAAAAAAAUAUCACGGCAAAUAGCGUGAACUCCAUAUAUGAUACCCUGGAUCACGUUAAGGAUGACGUAUUUUUUGAAAAUAAACCAGACCUGGACGAGGAGCUUUACGAAACGCUCGAUUGCAAAGAGGAGUCGAAUGGGGAGAACCACAGAACCAGCAUGAUGACUAGCAACGACAUCUACUGGGACUCAAAAGAACUCGAGUGUGAUGACCUGGAUAUUCAUCCAGACGUUAAUCAUAAUUUGCUAAUUAAAGAAGAUGACGAAGGUUACACGGAUAUCGAACAGGUCAGAGAAACUUUAGCAGGUAAACCGCAAUUAUUGGAAAUUAACUCGAACCUCGACUAUAUGGUCAUCGAGGAGGCUCUAAAUAAAACCAGAAACAGUUCGGGUUCCUCUCAAGAGUCUUGUGCUAAUGAGAAGAAAAAACGGUUUGGAUUUGGUAAAAAAUCGAAAAAGUCAUCCCCGGAGGAAAAGGAUCGAAAAGUCCGGAAAUCGGAGAGUUUCCUUCAGCGGGUGUUGAACAAGAAAUCAAAGAGCAAGAAGCAAAACUCGUCCACCGAGAGGGUCGAUAAAUUAAAGGAAACCAUCGAGGGAGAAGAAGAAACUGCUCAGAAACUCAGCGAGUUACAGUAUAUGCUGCGGGAAAAGGUCAAGUUGCACAUGAGACAGCGCAAGCAAAGCGUCGAGCGUGAGGAAGAAAUGGAGAAUAGUCGAGAAUCGGUGAAGUUCGUUUGUAACGACUUGUAUGACGUCACCGGUUUAAGUGUAGAAACGGGAGACCAGCAGUCGGCUUGUCCCUCUUUACCUCCACGUAAUCACUCACAAGUCACCUCCUCCGUCUCCUCAAUUGAGCCGAUUACGUCACCGAUAAACUUGGAACCAUCCGUACCAACUGCAGUGAAUCCGCCCAACAAACAACCGCCAAAAGUACCACCGAAACGAAGGAGGAAAUAUGAAAGGAAUGAUAUUUCCCAGUUGGACGAGAUUUUGACUGAUUUGAAUAGGGACGAGGGCGCAGGAAAAGUAAAACAGCUGAUCAAGAGGUACAGCAACAUCCCCGAGAGUGAAGAGGUGGAAAUACGGAAAAAGAAAAUUUCCACUUCGAACGACUUGGAUAAAUUGUUGGACGAGUUGGCUAAAGUGACCGUCGCUCCCAUAAUGACCCCGGGGGUCACUACGAGUCUCAUAAAUCCCGAUGUCGCCGAUCAGGAGAUGUUGAAAAUGGCCGAGCCAAGACGUAAAAGAAGAAACUCAGAUCCGGACUACGACGUCCCGAGGCCCCACAGAUCUUUGGUCAUUUUAUCGCAAAAGGACAACAACGCCUUGGAAGCGACCACGUUCUUCGGACCCAUUCUGCAACCCUCCGAUUUACCACCUAACUACGACGCCAGACCAACGACUCCCCCAGUGGACUACUCCAACUUGCCCAGUAUCACCCCGGACUCCUUGGAGGUGGAAUCUACAAAAACCCACGACGAAAUCCACAGACUCUCUUACGAGUCGCACGACUACAAACGCUUCAAUAAAAGUAGCCACUAUAACCUGGACGCUUUGGAGAAUGCUUAUGCCGAUCCAAAUAAGCUUUUGAUGCUUAAAGGGUACUUCCCGACGUACGACAGUCCGAUGAGCAGUUUCCAUUUGGAGAGUAGGUUUAUUGAUUCGUUAGAACCCUGAUGAGUGGUUCCGUUUGUUUGUUCAUUAUUUAUGUUAUUUCGUGAAUAUGUUUGUGCGUUUUGUAAACGUUGAUUUAACGAUAAUAAAAUUAGACCAAAGAUAAUAAUUA